AAGACUCAGAUGAAGAAUGAAUGUCUGCUGCGAAAUCACUGCAAUACCUAAUUGGGAGCUGAAACCGGCCUUCUCGACAUCGACAUACACACAACAACAAAACCUUUUGUAUGAAAUCCGCGAUGAGCUCAACAUUGCCUAUCAACAUGUCACAAACAUACGGUUCGAUCUCAAACAGUCUYGCGCCUACGGCGGAAGGCACAGACGAAACCGCUCAUCCCAACUCGAAAGAAAAUCGCGAAAGAGAUGAAGCAUCCACUCCACCAAAGCGUAAAGGAACUCGCGGCGACAAGGAUAAGAAUUCACCUCGAAUAUCCUCAAUAUAUCUUCAAUCCGAGGAUCCAAGAAGUUCUGAAUCAGUGGGCGAAUCACUUCAAAUGAACUUCACAUCGAUCAGAAAUGUCAUGAUUAUCGUCAGAAAGAACAGGCGCAUGCACAUCCUCUCCUGGAUGCACCUUUCCCGUCGUCAGCUUUGUUUAUUUACCCUGCCAGAAGCUAUUCUGACGACGGUGGCAAGUAUUCUGGCAUUUUUGGUGUCAUCAGAACUUCUUCCUGACGAUAACCACAAAGCUAUACUCAGCGUAAUUGUCGGUUCAACGACCGGCGUAGUCGUAUUCCUGCAAACCAUGGCUGCAUUUUGCGAUUAUGGCACUAGAGCAGCGAUGCACCAAGGAACAGCAAACGAUUUGGAAGAUCUACAGAAUGAUCUCGAAAUUUUGAUGCUGAAAACUGGUCAAAUAAUGUCUAAUGAUUUUCAUAAGCUUGUCCAAGACGAUAUGACCUAUGGUGAAGCAAUUCAGAGAGUACAAGCGACAAACACAGAUGCACUGAAAUACAGUCAAAGCUUUGAAACCAUCCAAAACCGUUUGACUCAUAGUAUGUCAACAUGCAAGUCGAACAUCCCAAUGGAAAUAGCCGCAGCUUUCGAAGGACUUCAAACGGGGUUUUCGAUGACAAUGACAAAAGAGACUGCCGAACACUACAAGAAAGCCUAUGGAACCAAAGAAGCUUUUUAUAUACUACAUGACAGGGCUUUUGACAUCCUACAAGGCGAAAUCAUCGCCACCAGAUUCUUUCCGAUGCGACUUCCUGAUCCCCAGACAAUGGUGAAAAACAGUCUGGAUAAGCUCAAAUGUCAAUUCAGUGAGUACCGAUUUCAUGUUGCCGACCCCAAUUUUCAAUAUACCAACGAUGCGACAAAGGAUGAAGAAAAUCAGAACUGAAAAUUGUUUUCAGCACAAGUUUCAUGUUUACCAAUCCACCACCAGAUGGCCUUCCAUCUUCUUUCUUUCCGUGCGUUGUCCUCAUUCAACAAGCUCGGAGUCAACCUGUGAUUUUCAACCCUCUUAAGCUAGCAGGUUGUUACUGUUACUUUUUGAUAGAUGCCAAGUAGUGCCAUUCGUUACCACGAGUACGUACCGUAUCUUAAAAAAAUACUUGACAAAAAGAAGUACGAAGUAAAACUUAUCGUCGAAU